AUGCCAGCUGCCAACGGCAAUUGUUCAACGUCUGCAGCCUUAUGUAUGCAAUUUCUGACGCGGGUCGCCAACCUCGCCGUCGAAAACGCGUUGAUGGACAUGUCGACGUUGAUGAAUGUGAUUUUCGAUCUAUUCGACUCGAAGGCGCCAGCUUCACAAGGAAAAACAGACAGCUCAGUGGACAAAGGUCUUCGAGGGGCUGAGGCAUUACUUGUGGACAACUUUUAUGGUGUUCCGUAG